AUGCAGCUCCUCCAACUCGUCUUCCUGGGUCCAGGAGGUGAGCGGGUGGCACUCCUGUCCACAUACAUGCUCCCCCUAGUGCGCGCGGAUGCCGGCGAUGCGACCCUCUGGCGCAAUGCGGCAAGCACACGUUUCUGGGAGAAGGAUGUAUGGACAAUCCCGAUCCACUACGAGGACCAUUGGAUGCUGGCGACCAUUGACAUUCCCCGGUCGCGCGUCGCCUACUUCGACAGUUUUGCCCGGGAGCAUCCAUGGAAGGGUCAUAUUCAGGACGUCAUGCAGCUCACCGCGCGCCUGCUCAAUAUUGCAGCGGAUAAGGGUCAUCGCAUUGUCCACGCGCAACGUGCAUGGGCCGUGUAUCCGACCACGCAGCACAUCAGCACAACACAUACGACUGCGGCGUAUGGAUACUGGCCGUCAUCGCGGCAGUUUUGCAUGGGUAUGACAUGA